GCGUUUAUCCCUCAUAAUGGGAUGUGCCACCGAGUCGUUCUGCUGGUUUAAGCCACAGCAGGUCAACAUAUUCAGCGCAAGAGGCGGCGCAACAUGGGCUGAGCCUAUCUGCGUGGAGAGGAGCUGCGGACAGCCGCUCAGUGCUCGUGAUUCCAGCGAUGAGAAGCUGCGGGGCUCGGUCGGACACGGUGACGCGUGGGAAUCUGCGGCUGAAGGGACCCGGCGGUCAGCUGCAGGUCUGGCUGAUGAUGGUGGUCGCUCCUCUAUGCGUCGGCAUCCAGGAGGACUGAUCCGUUUGCCCCCCUCCCCUGUCGCUCCCAGAGCCGGGCGAUGCGCUCUUCAGAGGAAGCGGGCUUCGCCGACAUCCGGAAAACGCAUCCAUGCGCCACGACCACUCUGCAUCUCGAUGUGCUUCCCUCAACACAAAGCCUGUCGUCUCCGAUACCUUGUGAGAAGUCACACGUGCGAAUUGGCAUGGGUGCGUCUGGACGGUUAUUGCGCGCUGUUUUGCGGACGAGGCGUCGGAGCGCAGUUGUGCAAUGAGACAGUCGGGAAUUAUCAAGUAGACUUUAUUGAUACACAAUCUGACAAAUAUGGCUGAUCAGAGCAACAUUCAAUCCGCCGCCUCCAAGAGUAUCCGGCCCUUUAAGUCGAGUGAAGAAUACCUGUACGCCAUGAAGGAGGAUCUGGCCGAAUGGCUCAACACCCUGUAUGAUCUCGACGUCACCGCAGACACCUUCAUGGAUGGCUUGGAGACGGGCUGCGCCCUGUGUCGGCAUGCCAACAACGUGAACCGCGCUGCGCACGACUUCCAGCAGAAGCACCCGGAGGCAACCCAGACCAUGAAGGUGCCUUCCAAAGAUGUAGUCUUCCAGUCACGCAAUGUUGUCCCCGGCUCGUUUUUAGCGCGGGAUAACAUAUCCAACUUCAUCACAUGGUGCCGACAGGAGCUCUGGAUCAAGGACGUCCUCAUGUUUGAGACCAAUGACUUGGUGGAGAGAAGCAAUGAGAAGAAUUUUAUCCUGUGCCUCCUUGAGGUGGCCCGGCGGGGGUCCAAGUUUGGCAUGCUGGCCCCCAUGCUGAUCCAGCUGGAGGAGGAGAUCGAAGAGGAGAUCCGGGAUCAGGAGAGCCUGGAAGUCGAUGGAGGGGAGUCAACCGAGCAGAGCUCACCUAGCAGGUGUUACAGUUGGAAAGAGAGCUGUCCCAGUGUGCAGGACCAGGAGGAGCCUGAGCCGGAACCCUUCAUCUGGCCCCAGAAGAGGAUUUUAUGUGACAUGCGAAAUUUGGAUGAGUUGGUGCGUGAGAUUCUGGGCAAGUGUUCCUGUCCAGCUCAGUUUCCCAUGAUCAAGGUGUCUGAGGGGAAAUACAAAGUGGGAGACUCCAGUGCACUGAUUUUCAUCAGGGUCCUUCGCACUCAUGUGAUGGUGCGCGUUGGAGGGGGCUGGGACACAUUAGAGCAUUAUUUGGAUAAACAUGAUCCCUGUCGAUGUGCUGCUUUUGCUCACCGGUACCACCAGGCCAAAGCCAGCGGUCAAGGUCAGGGAGCGCACAGCAAAUCCUCAAGCGCCCAUUCCUCCCGCUCCACCAGCCCAGGCCCGCACUGGCGAAAUGAUGGCAUUGCACCCUAUAAACCUCCUGACAGACGCACCCUGGAGCUCCUCUGUGCCCAAAGUGCGUCCUCCUCCCCGUCCACAAGACCAAGUCGGUCGCAGAAGUCUUCUGUCACCUCUGAGCUUGACUGCAGUCCCGCACAUACUCUACUGCCGAGGCCGCCUCGAGACCGCUCAGAACCACGUCACUUCAACCCCCUGAGAAACAAGGAGACAGUGAUGCCUGUGACAAGACGCCUCUCUGGAGACAGUGACUCCUCAACAGCUUCUUCCAAGGGAGGAGGAGGGGGAGGAGGGGGAGGGGGACGCCACUCUUUGGGUGGCCCUUCAAGACGUGCUGGUGAAGAGGUGGUGCUGCUCGUCAAUCGCAAGGAAGGGAAACAUGUGAUUGAGAGAUCGGCAACUGGAGCUCCACGCGCACGCAGCCAAUCCCGGGAACGAGCUGCGCUCGCUCCGGUCCUCAAACCCAGUCCAACAUUGGGUUCCCCGGGUGGAACGCGAAAAUCUAGCACAGAAAGAGGACGCUCUCUUACCAAUGAAGGCUCUCGGAGGCUCAGUGCUCCACGGUCGCACAGCCAAAGCAAGUUAACUCACCGAGCUUGGUCGCGCGACAGCAGCCCCGGAUUGGCUUCUUCCAGCAAAGAUCCUCAUCCACCUUCAUCAGAAAGAAGUGAAGAGCUUCUGUCCAGACAAGGACCUUCAUCAAACUCAGUAGUGGGUGUUGGUUUGUCUAAAAAACAGUCAUCUUCUUGCUCCAACUCCCCAGUUAAGGGAGGCCAGAACAGUAAUAACAACAGUAAGAAAACCACAAAUACACCCCGUCCUCCCGCUCCUCACUCUCCAUCCGUAGGCAGAGGCAAACUGCUUCCACCUGUCAAUCCAGGAGCGCGGCGAUCACCACACUCAUCCACGCAGACCUCCUUUCACCCUAGCACGCGCUCGCCAAGGAUUUCCCAUACACCUCGCACUGCUGGACGAGCCUCCCAUAGGAAACUGUCUGGUUUGGAACAACAAGAACCUGAGGAAGAUGGACUUGGCUUUGGCCUUCAGAUGCUGCCAACCUUCGAUCCCCAGAAAGAGCAGGACCUGUAUCGGACUUUUGAGGCCGAGUUUCUGGCUAACACACAGCUGGCCAGAGGUGGCUCUGCCGGAAAGGUUUCAGGGGGAGCAAAGCAGCAGGUGUUGGGGAAACACUCAGCAUCUAGACACAGUGAUCCUAAUGUCACAGACUCUGCUUAUUCCUCUUCUAACUCCUCCACCUCAUCCACCACGGUAAGUGGGAAGACUGGAAGCCUGCCCGAACUGAAGGAGUCCAAGAGGACUAACCUUCAUCACUUUCCACUGGAUGACCCUUUGAAUUUACUUUAUGGACACCACUUUGGAGGAACAAACGGUAAUGGUCAAGGAGAGCUUCAGCAGUGGGGGGAUAGUAGAGGGGCGUUCAAAAAGCUUCCAGCCAUUUCCAGCUCAAUGGAAGGAAGGGAGACUCCAGUUUCAAUGCCUGGCCAUGGAGACACUGAACCAGAUGGGCUGAGGAAUCAUAUCCUAUCGCAGCCCACUUUUCACUGUAAAACUAUGAAUGGAGAACAUGAAGGUUGUGCUACAUCCGACGGUAAAAGUCAACAGGCUCAGCUGGGCUGGGACACACAAACUAAUAGAGAUGUUAAACUAGAAAUCGACCAUCCAAACUUACAUUAUGAGAUAGAAAAUGGUGGCCAGAGUGUUAAACCCCCACCUCCUGAGCCUUGCUCAUUUCCCCUUCAUGCCUCUGAAGACUGUUCCUUCCAGGAUUCUUCGAGUGAAAACUCUUCCAUGGGCUUCAGCUUAAGCGGAUCCCGCUCUGGGUCCCCCCCGCCAUUGUUACCAAUGGUCAACGGGGAGAGUAGGCAGAAGAGGACAAAAGGUCCAAACUCUAAGCACAGUCAGGGGGCGAGGUUCCGGCCCCGCACCGACAACAGGCCACAAAACAGCCCGUCCCGUAUCCCCACCCCAGUCAGCUACAGGGAUCUCCAUUCAUGUGAAUCUCUUUCCCCCAGCCAUUCGCCGCCGCUUUCCCCUCACAGCUCCCACCCAGGUGGCCAUCCAACCACGUGCAAGAACCUGCACCAGGCCUUUACAGACAUGAUCCACCCUCAGUCCUGCUCCCCAGCUCUAGGCAGCACAGACUGCUCCUAUACAGCACACUCAGGCGGCCUGGACACUGAAGCUCGGAUGUAGCACAAAUGUGAUGAACUCAGCAGACUGUCACGGACCACUGUUUUAAAAAGACAUUGGAUUAGGCUUCAGACUGUUUUCACGGCACGUGAAAGACAUGUUUUGAUUUAAAUUUUCCUUGUGUAAAUGCAGGGAGCUUGUGUUGCUUUUUUUGCACUUAAGCCAAAUUAUUUAUUACCAAAAGAACGACUAAAACUUUACUGUAACGUUAAUGUGUGCAUGAGGAGGAUUUUUGCCAAUGCUAUUGUUUUAUUUUUUCUUUUUUCUUUUAACUCACAUGAAAUUCUCACUUUAUUUACAGAACAAGCAUACGUGCUGUCGUGUGCCUCAUUCAGAGGCAUGGUAAAGUGCCAGGUGUGCUAGACUUCAUCCCUAUAAACAGUGAAAACACUAAACCUUUAGUUGAAUGGAUCGGCUCCCUCCUGUGGUUUGGGAUAGCCUUUUACUCCUAAAAGAUUUCACAUUUCUACACUGAUCUAGACCACACAUGUGACCAAAUGUACUUAUACAAAAGUUAAUAUGAAUAAAAGUAGUUCUGAUGUUUUGAACAAGGUUUCUGUACCAUUGCUCAGUGGGAUUUAGAUGUUUUUUGCUUUUAGUGAUGUACUUAAGGCUAAUAUUUGCUUUUGAGUCUAAAUUUCUAACAUCUGUUUGAGACCCUGUUUAAUUUUGUAAAAUCCUUUCACCUCUACUUUGAAUUUGACUGAUUUUAAAACGAGGACUGAAUUUUUCACUGAAAACGAAGAGUUCAGAACAAAACAGUAUGAGUCACAUGCUGAGAAAAGCAAAUGUGUAAGUAUAACAUUUUUUGCUCACACAUAUGGGUUUUUGUAUAUACAGGGGAUGGAACGUCCACUAUAAUGUAUAUAAUUUGCCGUUUUAAGGUCUGUGACGCCUUAGCUAUGCAAUAUUGGUGUUGGAAAUGCCUUGAAAAUUCCCCUUUGCCUUAAAGUGAUUGACACAUUAGUGUUUGAAUGGUUUUGCUUUAGUCGGUAAAACUUGCAUUGCCAACAUCACCUGUUACUGAAAGUUAAGAUUAAAAGGAUUUUAUGAAAAUUGACAAAAUAAAUUUGUUAAUUAGAACUUAUAAUAGGUUCUACUUCAUGUACAAUUCAUGAUACAAAUGAACUGCAUUAUUAUUUUCCUUUGAAUUUGAGAAGUUGUUUGGAGAUGAUGUGUUAGGGAUGUAACAAAGGACAGGAUCAAUGUAAUGGUGACACCUAGUGGCUAAAAAUCAUAUUGCAAAAUAGUUGUCUGGCAAACUUUCUCUUUCAAGUGCUCAGACGUCAGAGCCAGAGACUGAAAAGACAAAAAAAACUAAAUUAAGAACCACAGUUCACAUAAAGUAUGUGAAUAACAAAUGUAAUGUAUGAGAGAACAUAUUCACACUACAGAGAUUUGAGUGCUAACAUGGUAGAUUUAGGUAUUUAACAUUUGUGGACCUUGUAAAGAAAGUUAAACGAUUGUAAUACCAUUGCCUCUAGAAAAAGAAACCGGUUUAAAUUAAUUAGUUUGAAGGUUUGGUCAAUAAAGAACAGAAUGGCCACAUUAAUGUUUUGGUGGGACACAGGUACAAAGAAGGCAUGAGUUAAGAAAGCGAUGUUGGUCUAAUUUAUUUAUGUAAGGAAGCUGGUUUCAGUGGGAUCAAGUGAUGUUUAUGUCAAGAUGUAAAAGUGAAUGUUUAAAGUUUUCCAAAAAUGAGGGAUUUUAAAUAGCCAACUUUUGUCCCCUGGCAAUUGGAGAGACAAAUUAAUGAAUGAGAAUUUUUUCUUAUCUAAAAACUGUAAUGUUUCUUCAAAUGAAAAGAAAUAAUUGGCCUUUUUUUUUUUUACACCUUUUUAAUAAAAAUAUACAAUCCAUACUUGAUUGAGGCACUGACAGUAGCAACUUAAAAUGUCUUUCAUUAGAACUUUUUAAAUGUGUUUCUGAGUGUUUCAAUUUUACAUUUUUUUCUGGAUUGUGUUUUGAUUUACUAAUGGUCCAGCUCUAUUUGAACUGUGAAGUCAGACAAACAUAGAAGAAUUUUUAUUUCUCAGUCUUGUAAAGUGAGAAAAUUUUUAACCUGCUCUUUGUUGUAUAGAACCUUUUUUUUUUAAAUUCAUUUCCUUUAACUCACAGUCAGGAAAUUCUGAAUGUUUAUUAUCUUGAUGCCAUUUUUGCUAAAAUGUUGGUGUACAGAUUGCUGGAUAAUGUGGACGAUGUGUGUAAGAAAUAGCAAUACUGCAACGUUUCACUUCUUUUAUUUAAAAAAAAACGUAUAAAGUUGUCAUUGAAAUAAAUGUUUCAUUCCGAAAAUUAAAA